AUGGAUCCGUCACAUAUUCACACCUACAAGGAGCAAGAGGACGACUUCAACCUCUUGUUCACUGAUACUGCGCUGGGCGAAUAUGGGACUAAUGACGACUUUAUACAACCUGCACAGCCGUCCAGUAUACUUGUUCCACAGUCUCGCCACGUUCGAGGCGUUGCUUCGGACCAAGUGGGUAUAGAUAGGACACAAGCGCCAGCUUUGCGCAGUCCUUUACAAGAAGUCGUACCAUCGGAAGCAAGACAAUAUGAAGAAGAUAUACAGUAUCGGCUUACGACUGCCGCGGCGAACACCUCGGUGAGCCCUACACUUUCAAAUGGGGACCUGAUCAAAAAUACGACUGGCACAGAUACAUCAAAUGCACAGACUGGUGAGGUGGACGAUGCGAUGCGACAACUCUUAGACAUGUACAAUGACCCUGAUCCAGAAUGGGACAGAUUGAUCCACGAUAUCGGUGAGUUGGGUCUCAGGAUCAGAACAGGUGCCGAUGAAGUGGAGCCAUGGCCAGGCUUUGCGCCAUGGGAGCAGACGGAUACAAGACCUCUGGAUGACUGGCCUCGACUAAGCCAGAUGGGAAUCUCAAUGGAAGAGGCCAGUCUGAUAAUGUCCAGUAUAGACGAUUGGUUUGAGAGUACUCAAGCGACAGUCCUGGCAGAUAUAAAAAAACGUUUGUCUGUGCAAGAUGUCAAGACGUUCGUCGAAAACGAGGUGAUGAUCCGCCUAGAUGGGUACGGUGAACCGGAUUCGAACACAGCGAUGUCAAGACUGGGAGUCAUGAGGGCUAUAGUGCGUUUGUUCAUCUAUCGGCAUCGUCGAAAGGUACAGGAGCUGAGAGACAGAGGGAAGCUUUCGGAGGAGCCUAUGUUCGGGCCUCUACGUCUGGUCGACGAGAUCAAUCAAGACGGACGUGUGGUCUGGUAUCAAGACUUGUUUGUUGAGCAGAAGACAUGCUACGAGCAAUUCUUGGACGAUUUGGCACGUCACUAUGCUCCAUAUCUUGAAGACGGUGUAUCCGGCGACCUUGAUCUUCGGAGAUUAGAGUUGAGGAAGAAGGGAUGGCGUACGGUAACUAAGAGCGAAGACGAUGGUUCCGAUUGGACGCAGAGGUCUGAUAAUGGACGAAGAGUGUUCUGUAUCUCUCCAGCAAGAGAUGCUGCUCGCUGGAUUCGUCUAGGAAAUCGUCAGUUUGAACAAAUCAGGGACGCAUAUAUUCAGAAGAAGGAGCAAGUUUGGAUAUUUGUAAUGCCUGAGGACAUGUAUCAGGAGGCCAAAGACGUUCCAGGCCGAAGCCAUCAAAAAGAGGAUAGGUUUGACUUCAUCCGCAGCAUGAGGUUGAACACAUCUCGAAGCCGUCAAGAGGCUGAGGCGCCCCCGUAUCCACCACUCGAGUUGUCGUUAGAACAACUCGCAAUGCUCCACGCAGACCGGAGCGAACCAUUACUCGAGACAUGGGAUCGUUUGGACGAGCAGUGGAAGAAAGAGGUGAUUUGGCAGAAAGAUGAGAUGGAGUGA